AUGGGUCGGAGCAGUAGCAGUUCGAUCUCCCAUGGCGUUCCAGUGGUGGCGGUGUGCCUUGCUGCUUUGCUACUCAGCAAUGCCUUGAUCUACCUGUAUCUGGACGCUUUGUAUCAGACCAGUGAACAGCUGGUACCCUAUCACGUAGGCUGUGAGCCUCGGCAUUUUAAAAUGACGACCAUGAAAAACUGCACCCCCUGGCUCCAGUGUUCACAGAUAAACGCCGAAGUACGCAAGCUGAAGCUGAUUGGCCAGGGAGCUGUUAAGAAGGUCUUUCUGGCGGAGUGGAGGGGUCAGAAGGUGGCUUUGUCCAACCUAUCCUCUCUGGAUUACCGGGAGGAUUUCCUCCAUGGAUUGUCCAUGUUGCAGGCCCUGCAGGGCCCCCAGGUGGUGCAGUUGGUUGGGUUUUGCCUUGAAGAGCACACCCAGGUCACGGAGCACCACCCACUUGGCCCGCUGCUCAACUUGAAUGGCGUUCUUGCACAAGAGCAGCACCAGCAGCACAACACGUGGCAGAUCCGGCUGAGGCUGGCUACAGAUUACGUCUCCAUCCUCCAUUAUCUCCAUAACAGCCCAGCUGGACGGCGAGUUAUGUGUGAUUCCAACAGCCUGGAGAAAACUCUCUCCCAGUUCCUGCUGACGAGUGACUUUCACCUGGUGGUGAACGAUCUUGAUGCGCUGCCUGAGGUGGACCCACAUAGAGGCAUGUUGGUGAAAUGUGGUCACCGGGAACUCACCGGGGACUUCGUUGCCCCAGAGCAGCUGUGGCCGUUCAGAGAUGAAGGGAAGCCAUUUUCGGACGAUCUCAUGCCUGCGUAUGAUGAGAGGACGGACAUCUGGAAGAUCCCAGACGUGACACGGUUCCUGAUGGGAAGGGUACCUGGAGGGGAUGUGGUCCACUUCCAUCUUUUUCAGAUCCACGAGCAGUGUAAGAAGGAAGACCCUAAGCUCCGCCCUUCCGCGCUGGAUGUUUUGAAGGUGUACCAGUCGGUCUACAGCAGCAUGGUGCAGGACAAUGCUGGCCUUAGAGACAUGCUGUAGAAUACGUCUCUUCACGGGGCAGCGGUAGCUCAGUCCAUAGGGACUUGGCUCUGGAACCGGAGUGUUGCUGGUCCCCGGUUCGUCUCCAGGGCACUGCCGAGGUGCCAAAGCAACAACCCCUCCAAACUCCCCCCCGGCGCUGUGUAGAAGCUGCCCACUGCUCCUAAUAUAGGACGGGUUAAAUGCAGAAACUAAAUUUCACUGUGUGCUUUGCUAUGUACAAUUUGUGACAAUAAAAGUUGAUUACACUGA